AGUUUAGUCAUAAACCUGUGUUUACAUGUAAUACUUCAACAAAUAACUACCGCAUUUUUACGAUUGAACGAUUAAAUACCGCCGAUACUUUAUUUCAAAGUUAUCUUAAAAUAUUUGAUUUUGUUAAAAAUAUACCGAUCAUUCGGAAUAAAAUUCUUAUAUUAUUGACAAAUGUUUUACUUUCGGUUUUAAUGUUUAAAGACGAGAGGUGUGAUGGAAAGAACGACAUCUAUCGAGCAUCAUGUUACGUGCUCAAUAUGCAUGGAUCUAUACAAUGAUCCUUUAGCGCUUCCUUGCCUCCAUAGUUUCUGCAGACGAUGUAUACAGGGAUUAUUUUCUUCCGCACUUGUUUUCAAAUGUCCAGAGUGUCGCGCUGACGUUAAACUUGGACCUAAAGGUAUAAAUGAGUUGCCGAAGAAUUUUCAGCUCGCAGGCAUUGUUGACAGUUAUCGAAGUGAAAACGAUAUAUCCCGGGAAACUAACAGUCGAACUCGAAACGAUCGUCCAUUUUGUACACACCAUCGAAUGACGUGUCAAUUAAUGUGCACAGUUUGUAAAAUUCAAAUAUGUCUACGGUGUGUAGUAGAAAAGCAUUCUGGUCACAAAAUGACAUUUUUGUCAACCAAAAAAGAAAGCGAAGAAGCCAGCAAGGAUGACAUCAAGUGUUAUGACCAUGGUAGACUGUAUAAGUUAUAUUGUUGUGAUUGCAAUCAGCUGACAUGCUUGGAAUGUGUUGUGAGACAACAUUGUGCACAUAGCCUAAACAGUAUAGAAGAAGCGCAUGGAUAUAACACGGAAAUAUUGAAAGGCACAUUGAGUGACCUAGAUUCCCGCCAGAGUCUUCUAAGAGCUACUCAGAAAACAUGCAGAACUCUCGCACAGAAAACACAGAUCGAUGCACAAAAGAAGCGCCAGGAAUUGACAAUGUAUUUUUCUCGUCUUCGCGAUGCUGUUGACAAACGAGAGGCUACACUCCGCUCAGAGCUUGACCACAGAGAACAGCAAGUCUACCAAGACUAUCUGACGCAUUCUGAGAGUGCGAAAAGAAAAGAAAAACUUCUUGUUACGGCAGCAGACGAUGCCAGGAGAUUGUGCACAGAAAAUAAGAUGAAGUUUUUACAGAAUUAUCCAAGGAAAAUAAACAGUAUUUCAAGCUUGCUCACGGAGGAAAGUGCUGAUAGUCCGCCUCAGAUGAAAGGUGUUGAUGACGUUUCACUUGUUGUGUGCUCCUUAGAAAAGGAACUAGCAAACAUUCAGUGGAAGUGGCCGAAAGAAGAACUUAAACCUGCCCGAAAGGCCCCUCCGGUACCAGCGGCUCGAAAGUCUGCACCUAGCCGAAGAACACAACCUGCAUCACGACACGCCGGGAACCAUACACUCUCUGUUGGUACACCCGUUAAAAGGGGAAAGUCAUGGAAAGACGGCAUGGCUGAUGGAGGCCCCGGACAUAUUGGAACAAUCACAAACAUCUGUCUGGACCCGGAUACAUAUACGGUAUGUUGGCCAAAUGGUAAAACCGGUAACUACAAAUAUACGCCGCCAUAUGAAGAGGAAAUUAGUCCCCCAUAAUAUGUCCGUUUUAAACUCAAGCUUAAACAUCAUGGACAGCUACAUGAAACUUCAGCUAGAUAUACAGGUUAACACAACUUAAAUCUUAAGCUUAAUAUACAGUAUAACACAACUGAAAACUGCAGCUAUAUAUACAUGUACAGGUUAACACAACUGAAAACUGCAACUUCAUAUACAAGAUAAAACUACUGAAAACUACAUCUUGAUAUACAGGACAACACAAGUGAAACCUGCAGCUAGAUAUACAGGAUAAAACAACUAAAACUGCAUCUUAAUAUUCAGGAUACCACAACUGAAAACUUCAGCUAGACACACAGAAUAACACAACAGAAAACUGCAACGAGAUAUACAGGGUACCACAACUUCAAACUGAAGCUAAAUAUGCAGGUUAACUCAAUUGAAAACUGCAAUUUGAUAAUCAGGAUAACACAACUGAAAACUGCAAUCUGAUAUAUAGGAUAACACAACUGAAAACUGCAAUUUGAUAUACAGGAUAACACAAAUGAAAACUGCAAUUUGAUAUACAGGAUAACACAACCGAAAACUGCAGCUAGAUAUACAGGAUAACACAACUGAAAUCCGUAACUAAAUAUAUAGGAUAACACAACUGAAAACUGCAGCUGGAUAUCCAGGACAGCACAGCUGAAAACUGCAAAAUGAUAGAAAAGCUUCUAUGUACUAAAAGCAAACGCACAAACCGUAAAGUAAUUUUACAGUAAGCCAAAGCCACAUAGCAGAGAGGAACUAGAUGAAAACAGAAUAUUUAGGUGGACAAAAGACCAGAGCAAAGUCGAAAGUAAUAUUGAAGUACUUAUCACUGACAGCUUUCACGUUAAAGAAUUUUCCUUUUGUAAAUCAUUCUUCGUAUUUAUGAAAUGACUUAGGUUCACAUGAAACUUCUUAAAAAUUGUAUGUGAAAUCAGUGGAAGUGGAUAAUUCAGCACGUUACUAUAACACCACACGACAAGUUGAAACGAGAACUUACAUUAACGUUUUUAGCUUAAACAGUCCAAACUAACUAAUUUACACUUUUCAUCCAGUCCAAAGUAUAAUGUGUAACUUUAUGGACCCUUCUCUGAUUCGCCCACUGAUGAAAGUUAUUUUAGAUUGACCAGGACAAAAACAUUUAUAGAUAUAUGCUUUAGGUUUGGUAAUCUUUACCUGAUUUACAAAAAAAGUAUGAAUUAGAUAUGUCUUCAUUCAUUGACUAAUAAGUUGUGGGUGAAGUCAUGUGGUCUAAAAAUCCCUCGUAUAUAUUUUUGUUUUGCUUUUUACCGUAUUUAAGUUAAAAUAGUUCAGGAAAUCAGUCUUACUAUGCUGCACGUCAGAAAAAAGACGGACUUUACUAUUAUGGAAGUGGAAUUGUAAUACCAACCGGUAAUCAGUAUUUUCGUAUGCCGUUUUUGGCAUCCAUCGGCCAUACGAGAAACAACAGGAAAAUUCCGAAAUGAUAUUCCGAGUUUGCAUACGAAGAACACGUAAUCACACGGAAAUUACCGAUUGUCAUUACGAUUCAGCUACCUUAAAUUGAAAGCAUUAUACGUUCUUGGCUUUUAUGUCUUAGAGCGUAACAUAUGGCAGACAUAUAGUGCAAUAAACAGUUAUUGUAAGAUGA